AUGGCGCUGCCCAGCCCAGCGAGCGAGGAAGACAAGGGGCCCUGCCGGGAGGCAAACCAGGAACAGCCGGAGCCGGAGCCCAUGCCGGUGCCCCCACCCGAGCCCCAGCCGGAGCCCCAGCCGGAGCCGCAGCCCCUACCGGACCCUGCACCCCUGCCGGAGCUGGAGUUUGAGCCAGAGCCGGUGCACGAAUCCGAGCCCACGCCCACCGUGGAAACCCGCGGCACCGCGCGCGGCUUCCAGCCCCCCGAAGGUGGUUUCGGCUGGAUGGUGGUCUUCGCUGCCACCUGGUGCAACGGCUCUAUCUUUGGCAUCCAGAACUCCUUCGGGAUCCUGUACUCCAUGCUGCUGCAGGAGGAAAGAGAGAAGAAUCGCCAAGUGGAGUUCCAAGCAGCAUGGGUAGGAGCCCUCUCAAUGGGCAUGAUCUUCUUCUGCUCUCCCAUUGUGAGUAUAUUCACUGAUCGUUUGGGCUGCCGAAUCACAGCAACUGCAGGGGCUGCCAUCGCUUUCAUCGGACUCCAUACCAGCUCCUUCACCAGCUCGCUAAGCCUGCGUUACUUCACCUAUGGGAUUCUCUUUGGUUGUGGCUGUUCCUUCGCCUUUCAGCCAUCUCUCGUCAUCCUGGGCCACUACUUCCAACGCCGCCUGGGUCUGGCCAAUGGUGUAGUGUCUGCUGGGAGUAGCAUCUUCUCCAUAUCCUUCCCCCUUCUCAUCAAAACGCUGGGGGCUAAGAUAAAGCUCGCCCAAACCUUCCAGGUGCUGAGUACCUUCAUGUUUAUUCUUACACUGCUUUCGCUCACCUACCGGCCCCUCCUGCCCAGCUCCCAGGACACCCCAAGCAAGAGAGGUGUCCGCACCCUGUGCCAACGCUUUCUGGCUCAACUCAGGAAGUACUUCAACAUGCGAGUGUUCCGCCAACGUACCUACCGCAUCUGGGCCUUUGGGAUUGCUGCUGCUGCCCUUGGCUACUUCGUUCCCUAUGUACACCUGAUGAAAUAUGUGGAAGAGGAGUUCUUGGAAAUCAAGCAGACCUGGGUGCUCUUGGUGUGUAUUGGGGCUACCUCAGGCCUUGGGCGCCUUGUGUCAGGCCGUGUCAGUGACUCCAUUCCUGGACUUAAGAAGAUCUACUUGCAGGUCAUCUCCUUCCUGCUCUUGGGCCUGAUGUCCAUGAUGAUUCCUCUGUGCCGGGGUUUUGGGGGCCUCAUCGUUGUCUGCCUAUUCCUGGGGUUGUGCGAUGGCUUCUUCAUCACUAUCAUGGCUCCCAUUGCAUUUGAACUGGUGGGCCCAAUGCAAGCCUCGCAGGCCAUUGGCUACCUCCUGGGCAUGAUGGCCCUGCCGAUGAUUGCUGGGCCCCCCAUUGCAGGCCUCCUCCGCAACUGUUUUGGGGACUACCAUGUGGCCUUCUACUUUGCUGGUGUGCCCCCAAUCAUUGGAGCUGUAAUCCUCUUCUUCGUGCCUCUGAUGCAUCAAAGGAUGUUCAAGAAAGGGCAAAGGGAUUCCAGCAAGGACAAGAUGUUGGCACCUGACCCAGACCCCAAUGGGGAGCUGCUACCAGGCUCCCCCACCCCUGAGGAAGCAAUCUAAUGCCUCUUCCUUGCCAAUGUGUGCUCCUCCCCAACCCUUUCCCUUCACCCCACCCCGCUCAGCAUUUACAUUUUUGCCACCAGCACACUUGUUCCCAAACCUGUGCACACAGCAUUGCAGACACCUGACUAUUCCCUUGGAGCCAAAGCUCUAGGUGUUCCAACCUCAUUAACCAAAUUCUCUCCGUUGAAUGCCUUUAAACUUGCCAGGGUCCUUCUCCCAGGAUCUAGGAAAGCUUGGGAUCACCCCCAGGCCUUUGGAAUCUCUCCCUAUAACCCCUGGGGGAGGAAGAGGAUGGCACUUCUUGUCCCAUCUGGGUACUGAUGAGCUGCCUCCUUCCCUUCAUCCUUUUUUCCCUCUACUUCCUCAUUUCUCUUCGCCUUCUAUUUCUUUUUGACUGUCAUAGACACAUGGGUGCUUAAAGAAAGGAGGGACCCAGAGGUUGGGCCAAUGAGCCUUACUUUGGCCCAGCCCACCCCUAACACUCAUCACCCCCACUCAUCUCAGGCUGAGCCACAUCUCAUUUUUUGGCUCAAGCUGCUGUAAUCAUAGACUGGAAGAAUAGAGUAUCACAUAGGGAAGGGACCUUAAACACCACUCACAGAUUUUUACAGAUUUCCCAGGUGGAAACAUUAACCCGCAAGCCCUCCCAGUUCCCCAUCCUUGUAUCACCUGUCAAAAUGUGAAGAAAUCCCUUUCAUCUCAGCAGGCAGAGGGGGUGGCAUGGUAGGGAGAGGGGCAAUAGUUAUUGUCCUGGUGAAAUACUAACUCCUCACUUUCUCAUUAGUCAUGAUAUUUCCACCGAGGCUAGGCCAGGAAAGGGACUGUUUAAGGAAAAUCCCAUUCCCAACUUGGAUCCCAAAAAUAGUAGAGGCAUCAGCUGCACAUAGGGUUGGAUAGGUUUCUUCAAGAAGGGAAUAUCUUCUUAGCCUUUACCAAUGUGUCCCCCAUGCUGUGUAUCCUGGGCCAUUGUGCUUAAUGGGCAUUAAAGAUACCAGGAAAGGUAGACUCUGGACCAUCUUCACCCUUCUAAACUAGGUGCCAGAUGUUUCAGUCUUACUGAAGAGUAUACCCAGCCAGACUGUGUGCAGCUAGCUAGCACAGCUCACCUCAUUAGGGGCUCAACCUCUCCCCUCACUCGACCUCUUUGUAUCUCUUUCUCCUUGUUCUGGGCCUUUGUCUCUUGUAUUCCUAUUACCCACACUUUUCCUCAUCUUCUUGCCAGGCAUCCUUGGCUGUCACUUGGAGCUAACAGUGACUUUCCAUCCCAAGCCAAGGCUAUCCGAGGGCCAGGAGAAUGAGGUUGCCCCUGAGGGGCUCCAAAGACAGCGAUCCCAUUAGUGUUUCCCUUACAAGCAGGCAGCUGGUUGGUCUCUUUCAAGUCCUGAGCCUCCUCCACGAGUCCCAGUCCAGCUCUUACCAACUCUCCAAAGGAAAACACAUUGCUUCUUGCCUCUGAAUAGUAAUGGGCCUAAUUACUAUCCUGUCAGCUCAAACAGCAGUGGCAAAGGAGAAGCUUGGCCCCAGGAGACCAUUGAAAAUGUUGGAGCAACAAAGCCCCUGCUUCCAUUCCUCCCUGCCCCACCCCCAGCAAGUCACUGGAAGGCAGAUGCAGGGCCUUCUUUGUUGUUCCUGGUGUGAGUAGCCUUAAGAAUCAGGCUACCACCCACUUCUCUCCAGAUGGACGAAAGUCAUUCACAGGUCCCAAAUCUGCCCUAUCAAGUGUCGCAUAACACAAGGCGGGGGGGAAGUGUCAGUUUACUUCUUCCACAUAUGUACAUCUGCAUGUGUGGGCUUGUGUGCUUUUGCAGAGAAUGUUGGUUGGUCAAAGCAGCACAGUAUUAAUAUUUAAGAUAGGAUGCAGCCUCUCAUGCAUGCACAGUCAAAUCUAGGACAACGAACAAAACUUGGGAGCUUGAGACCUGGUACAUUUAAAUCCUCAAAAGGUUUGGAACAAAAUAAACAGA